CUGCAACUUAGCUAUUUCUGUUUUGUCAGAAUCAGACGUCAGUUCCUUCUUGUUUUCUGUAAAGAAAGAGUUCAGAAUUCUAUUUAGUUCAAUCAUUAUAUUUUUUUCUUAGAUUGCUCUGUUUUCUGAAGUUCUCUCAGCUUGCAUAAACAGAGCACUAAUGUCUGUCUGUUUUAUUCUCAAGGUUCUUUUUCUUUUCUUCUUUUUACGAGAUCAUGUCUCUAUAUCCGUUUUUGUGGCUGCUGAUGAGUUCAAAUUCUAUUUUAAUUAAAACUCGUUCAGUAAUAGAUCUUUUGAUUGUAUUUCUGUUCAUUCUGGAUCCUUAGAUAGUAUCCAAUUCUUCCAAUCUUUCCUGUAACUUCAAGAAUUCUGAUUGUAACUUGAACUCUGUAUCAAAAGGUUUACAUCUCUGGUUUGUUUUGUUAUUUUCCCCCUUAAAUUCCAAAUUUCUGAAAAACUAUCGCCAGAAUUUCUGAAGAUCAGAUUCAUUCUUAAGCUAAAAAGACUUCAUUAUCUUCAAGUUUCAUGGAGAACAUCUCUAUCAAAUGCUUUACAAGCAAAAGUCAAGUCUACACCUAAAGUGCAGACAAAAUUGAGGUCCAGGUCCAGGGCUCAGAAAUCUUGAAUACAUUGUAUUCUCUGUUAGUGAUAUCCUGAGAUAAAUUUGUUGGCCUUGCAGGUUGUAGAUGAAGUAUGCAGUUGUAAUACUAAUCUGAUACAUCAUUUUUCUUUAUUGGUUUUUUAAUGGGGUGAAGUAGAAUUGUUGCUGAAGAAAUGACAGCUUUUUGGUAGACCAAUUAGCUGCAUGGGAGGAUUAUUUAACCUCUUUGACUUUAAUCAGGGCAGCAUGGCUAGGAAAAUUCUUGCACUCAAGCGGCAUGCUAAUGGAUUAGAAGCUCCUCGUAACAGUUUGGAGCUGCAAGUUGAAACUUCUCAGAGCUGCUGUGCUGCAGGGGAUGGGGUGGUUGAAGAAGAUUGGUCCGAAAAGAACUGUUACCCAAUCGAAGCUUCAAUAAAGAGGUUGAUUAAUGAGGAGACGUCCAAGCAAUCUAAUACAAGGAAAAAUUCACCUAGCAUUGUGGCCAGGCUGAUGGGCGUAGACAUGUUGCCAUUAGAUACAAAACCUGUUGUUCAGCCAGUUGCUAAAAAGAAUGGAAGCACGGUAAUUAAACAUCCGAAAAGGGACAAAAAUGAAAGGAGCUCAGUCAGUAAUAUCUCUGCCAACUUAAAGUCUUCCAGGCGGAUAGAAUUUGAUUCCUUUUACCAUAGCAAAGAAAGAGAUGAUGACAGAUGGGGUAAUGGUCAGAAGUUAGAAAAACCAAGGCCUCGAGAACAUCCUCAAGAAGAGGAGUUGCAGAAAUUCAAGAAGGAAUUUGAAGCAUGGCAAGCUGCCAGGUUUAGGGAAUGUUCAAAGGUUGUUGAACUUGGCAGAAAUCCUGAUCGCUUCCUUGCGCAUGAGAAUGGCAACAAGCAAAGAGUGGCACUCAAUGAAAAUCUUGGAAUGUCGCCAGGAAGUGAGAAGCCUGUAGAACAUAAAGCAUGGUCACGUGAAAAGGCUAGUUUACAUCAUAGACAUAAACUGGAAGUAUUCCCAGUUGAACGCAAGGAAUCAUUCUCUUCAAGAAACAAUAGUAUGAACAGAAACUAUGAGCAGACCUUGCUAAAUUGUGAUCAGCAACUGGAUAAAUCUUCUGCUCCGACAAAGAUUGUAAUCCUGAAGCCUGGUCCUGAUAGAUUUUGUGACCAUGAAGACUCUUGGACUAGUUCCUCAGAUUCUUUAGAAGAUCGAGGUAGUAUUGAAGAUUUCCUGGAGGAGGUGAAAGAACGGUUGAAAUGUGAGUUGCAAGGGAGAACUUUUAAAAGAGGUUCUGUAGUCAGAGGAAGUGGAAUUGAGACUCCUUUCAGUGAAAAGCCAUCAGAUCCAAAACAAAUUGCUCGGCAUAUAGCAAAACAUGUCAGAGAAAGUGUUACACGAGACCUUGGAAUGAAUCUGCUUCGAUCAGAAUCAACACGAUCAUAUAGAAGUGAUAUUCAGUUCAAUGGGCCAGGUUCUCCUGAGUUCAUCAACAGAGAUACUAGGAAAUUCUUGUCAGAGAGUCUAAGGAAUGUUGUCAAGAGAGAAACGCAUUCUUUAGAUGUUCCUUUAGUGGUAAGUGGCAGCUCUAGAUCAUCUCUCUUAGAUAAUGCGAAUAUCAGACUAAAAGAAGUAGGAGAUGCCUCACAAGUUGGAACAGUGCCGGGCUACUGGGAAGUUACGAAAGAUGAUCAAGAAAUGCAAACUAGAUCUUUCAGGCACCGCAGCGAUGAAGAAUUGCUUUAUAGAGAAAUGUCUCCCAGGAAUCUUGUUAGGUCUCUAUCAGCUCCUGUCUCAGGAACAUCAUUCGGAAAGCUUCUUCUCGAGGAUCGACAUAUUUUAACUGGUGCUCACAUCAGGAGGAAACAUGAAGCCCUUGGAAAUGUGACAAUGGAGUUAAAAAAACGGAAGAAAGAAAGAUUCAACAUCAAGGAAAAAGUUUCCAAUUUCAGAUACAGUCUCACUUUAAGGGGAAGGCUGUUUGGCAGAAAGCUUCACUCAAUGGUGGAACCCCAUGGUACUGAACAAGAUUUUAUCAAGGAUAUCAUGAGUGGACCAACAGUCAUUAGGAACCUCAGCGAGAGACAUGUAAUGGAGAACUCGACUGAGGUGCCUCCAAGCCCUGCAUCUGUGUGCAGCAGUGCACAAGAAGAGUUCUGGAGGCCGGUGGAUUAUCUCAGUCCAGUGUCAACAUCUGAUGUCACUCCAGUGGAUGAUAGUGCCAUGCCACAAGUUUUUAAAGAGAUCAGCUCUAAUCUGAAUGAGCUGCGCAGACAGCUAAGUCGACUAGAAUCCAACGAGCCUGACAACCCAACAACUGAACAAGAGCCGAACGGGUGCAUAAUGGUUGAGUUAGAGGAUAAGGUAGAAGCUUACAUAAGAGAUUUGCUUGUUGCUUCUGGUUUGUAUGACGGCUCAUGCAAUACAAUUCUGUCGAGAUGGGAUCCACUAGCAAAGCCCAUCAGCAACUCAGUGUUUGAAAAAGUAGAAGAAUCUUGCAGAAAACUGUCCAAGGAUGACAACCAAAGUAGUACUAAAGAUCACAGAAUAUUAUAUGACAUGCUGAAUGAAGCACUCACUGUUGUCCUCGGUCCGCCUGUGGCCAUGUCUAGAUUCAGAAGAAAGAUCAUUAGUUUCUCCAUGCUGCCACCAUUACGUGGAAAGAAAUUGCUGGACAGUGUGUGGCAGAUCAUCCGGGCAUACAUGUAUCCACCUGACGACAAAUCCUGUUACUCACUAGACAGUUUGGUGGCCAAGAAUCUAGGAUCCACCCCUUGGUCUGGCCUGAUAGAUGAUGAGGUAAAUGCAUUGGCAAAAGAGAUGGAAUUUCGGAUAAUUGGAGAUCUAAUUGAAGAAAUUGUGAAUGAUAUGAAUUUGUAACUGUGCUUGGAGAUACUAUGAUCAUUAUAAAGGUGAGCAGCUCCUUUGUUACAAAGGGGUUGGUGAGUUGUGGGAGUACAUAUGGGGCCCAAGAUAUACAAAAAAUGAUUCUACAUGGCUCUAUCUUAAGUGGGAACUUGCCACUGUUUUGUUCUUAUUACAGGUGAGUUCUGUGGAUUAGGAGAUUUGCAUGUUUAUGUGUACAUAUUUUUUUUGUGGGUGUUUGACACAGAAUUGAGUUCAUAUAUCUAUUAAUUUUUCUUUUCUCUGAAA